AUGAGUGAGCCACCGGUGCCUUUCAAAGUGAAAGCAAUUUUUGAAUACAAGUCCGACUAUGAGGAUGAUCUUAGUUUCUCUGUCGGUCAAAUAAUUACCAUUACUGCUAUUGAGAAUGAUGAAUGGUAUAGUGGUGAAUAUGAGGGCAAUUCUGGAAUGUUUCCUAAGAAUUUCGUAGAGAUCCUAGCUACCCCACAAAUACCAAUUCUGAACAGACCGGCAAAGAAACACGCCACUACUUCUAGCACAGAGGAAUCAAAAUUACCAACUUCUGAAGUAGAAUCGAAACCAGAGUCUAUACCAGACUCGAAACCCGAGAACAAUUCUACUACUCCCUCUACCUCUGCAGCACCAGCACCAGCAGCAGCGGCUCCAAUUACUGGUGCAAAGUCUAAUGAAACUGAAGACUACACCAAACACGAGAGUGGAAAGUCACCAAUCUCACCAGUAAUUGAUGAUAGCAAGCAACAUAAGGUUGACGAGCACCACAUUCCAAAGGUUCCUAUGCCACAAAGCAAUAUUCACAAACCUGCCGACCCUUAUAGUAUAAAAAAGCAGUUUGUUGCAGCAUCUACUUCCUCUUAUGUUCCUAAAAUCAAACCAAGAGAUGAAUCUAAUUUGAUUGCUCACACUCAUAAAGAAGCAAAACCUGCAGAGGAUAUUGUUAGAAGUAGUGAGCCAAAACGUGAGCAAGAAGAAGUAGAGGAACCUAAAGUCAGUUUGAAAGAGAGGAUCGCACUCUUGCAAAAGAAACAACAAGAAGAAGCCGAAAGAGAAGCUGCAGCUUUGAAAAGAAAGGAAGAAAGAUUACAUAAACAAGCCGAAGAAAAAGAGAGAAUAAAACAUUUAAGAGCUCAAGCGAGUGGUGAAUCCCAGAUUGUUGACAACCCUGAUGGCACCAAUUUAGAUGAUGGUGUUGAAGAGCAGAACCACAUUAACGAACACAACCCUCUACCCGAUCAUUCUAGAGAGCUAGGCGAUAAUCAUCACGAGCAAGUAGGUGCAGGUGCAGAUGCUCAUUUGGGUAUUGAUGAUGGUGAAGCCCAAAGCCAAUCAGUGCGUACCAAAGCAAAAGAGCCACAUGGUCAUAAGCUGAUUGAUCCAAGGUUAGGUCGAAAUGAGGAUGAAGAAGCAGAAGAAUCGAAAAUUGAAGCAACAGGAGAAGAAGAAGAAGAUGAUGAUGAUGAAUACAAAGAAAAUGACCAAGAAGAUCAAGGAGACGAAGAAGACGAAGAAGACGAAGAAGACGAAGAUCUCAAGCGUAGAAAAUUGGUGGAAAGAAUGGCCAAGAUCUCUGGUGGCCGUAACAUGUUUGGAAUGAUGGGUAUGGCGAGUCCAUUUGGAGCCGGGGCUGCUCCUCCGAACAACAGCAAGCCAACAAAGGCAAAAGUGGAGACCAAAAAACACCUCCUGGAUAGUAAGACUUUGGAUUCUCAGCUGGUGUCAACUCCAAACGUUUCAUCUAAUGCCACGGCUAAAGCACCUUUGGACGCUCCUCAUUCUAACCCUCCUCCUGUUGGAGCUCCGCUGGUUUCACAUGCAUCAGCAGCAGCAGCAGCAGCAGCAGCUCCUGCUGGUUCUGCCAGUGGUGGCAAUAUUGCAACUGAUGUGUCGACUAACCCUGGUACUUUAUCCCCCAAGUUCAAUCAAGAAAGCUCCUCUAUGGCUGAAGACGAUGAACCUUCCGACUCUGAUAGUGCAGAACCAGUGGUGCGCAAAGAAUUAUUAAAGCAAAAUCCACGCCAACCUCCGUCCUUGUCAAGUGCAUUAGAUAGUGGUGCCGAAGAUAAAGUCAAUGAUCAGCCAAUCAAAUUGCAAAAACAUGGUGCCAUAGAAACUGAGACAACCGGCUAUGAAGCUGAUGAGGACUUGUCCGAUAUGUCGAAACCGCAUGCAAAUGGUAAACCUUUUGGGGAAUCAUAUUUGGAUGAAGCUAUUUAUCGUGAUAAAGAUUCUAAUGAGACUAUCGCUCUCGCAAACGAACGUAUCGCGCAUCCUGACGAGCCUGCACCUCCUAUCGAGCCAAGGCCAACAAGAAGUGAUGCACCACCUAUUUCUCCUGUACCUCCACUUCCACAACAUCAUUCCGGUUCAAACGCUUCGGGCUACUCUGCUGGCGCUACACAUUCCACACCUCACUCCCAUCCUCCUCCACCUGCUCCUCCUUCUAAUCCUGCGGCACCUUCUUUUGUCCAAGCAGAACAACCUGAUCAGCUCCAUGAUAAUAGUGCUUCAUCAGUCCCCUCAGUACCACCAAUCCCUUCAGUACCACCCGUUCCCCCUAUUCCAUCGCGUCGUUAUGACAACGUACUGGAACCUUUAUCCCAGUCUCUGGCUACAAGCAACAACUUCAGAGGUGAUGUAUUGUCAAAUUCUUCAACAGCAAAGAGAGAAGAGGAGGAAGGUGAUGAUUAUAGUGAGGAUGAGGAAAACGAUGCUUUUGAAGUGGUUGAUGUUCCUCCUCCUGUUCCACUGCACACUCCUAGGGCUCUGACAUUUGCCUCAAGUGAUCAAUCACCACAUGUUAGGGGUCCUCCACCUCCAAUUCCUGGAAGCGGUGGUGCUCAUCCACCACCUCCUCCAAUUCCUGUUGGAGCUCCACCUAAACGAGCAACGACUGAUAUUCCACCAUUGAUGCAAACUUCUACUGGUGCUUCUGUGGGAUCGACUGCUUCUAGAAAGUCAGUAGAUUUAGACCCCCAGAGAUCUCGGUCAUUGAAAAAAACCGAACAAAGUCAAGCCGAAGCAGCUUUAGAACAAUUUGAUUACGAAGUGUCAAAUAUCAAGUCAAACUCCAAUUGGUGGUUAAAUGGCGAGUUACCUGAUUCCUUGGCCUCUAGGAUUGGCGUUGACUUGUAUUACGAAGUUGAUGCCAAUAAGAUCCACAAAAGAGGUGGAAGAAUUAUCAACUACCGUGAUUAUUAUGUUCUUUUCUACGAUCUUUCUCAGUUGGUUUUUGAGUUGGAGUUUGAAGAGCAAGAUCCAAGAGGCUCCAUUCAUUUGGUGAACCAAUUUGUUAAACCCAGUCCUCCUAUUAGAAAGGACCUUUUAGACUCGGCUCACAGAAACUUUGGCAGUAUUAUUGCAAAGGAAGCCACCCAAUUGGCGGGACACAGAAUUGAUGAAAGAUUGACUAGCCACGUUUUCCAAGGCUCUGGAAUAGCAAAGGACAUAAUACCUCCUAUUGGAAAUAAAGCAUUUGGUGUCACAAUCUACAAGAACCACAACAACUCUUCUGUGUCCAAAAUUGACGACAUUCAAGCAGGAGAUAUAUUGUGGAUUAAAAAUGGUAAAUUUGAUGCUCACAAAGGAAUAAUGGGCAACAAAUCCGUUUCGCUAGGUGAAUCUUAUACGGCUAUAAUUUACGAAUUUGACCCUGCAAAGGACAAAUUCAAAGUACUCGAACAAGAUAGUUCUGGCCUUGUAAAGAAGGAGCUGUACAAGCUUGGCAAUCUAAAGAGUGGACGAAUUAGAGUUUUCCGUCCUAUACCAAAAUCAUAUGUUGGUAUGUAG